GGGAUUUGAUGUGUUGUGCUGCUGGCGAGGGAUCGGCUGAUUACAGAACUGCACAAAACAACAAGUGGGUGUAGGGGUGUUCCUAAUAAAGUGGCCGUAUGGAUCUGUAUGAGAUGAGGGGCCCGCUGCAGGCCAUCGCCGAGGAAACCACAGCCAGUGAGGAAGACGAGGAGAAUGAAGACGAGAGUGAUGAAGAGUUUGUGAUGGUGAGAAACAGGAAGUUGAACUCUGACCCCAGUAACCCCCCUGAUGCCUGGUGUAGAGACUGCAGUGUCCCGAUACAUUCGAAACCCAGAGAACACACACACCGCCAGCACAGAGUCGACACCCUCAGCACCACCGCACAGGAGAUCAAGAGUGAGCUUGGUAAGCACAGAAGCAGUUUAGCGGAGAAGAUCACACAGAUGGAAAACUUCAUCAGCAACCUGGAGGAGAUCUUCAUCACUGUGGAGGAGAAUUUUGGGCGUCAGGAGCAGAAUCUGGAGCAGCACUAUAACGACGUGCUGCAGUGUCUGUCUCAGCGUUUCAGAGAGAACAGCGCCACCCUGCUGGACGAGAAGAAACUGAAACUGGAGGCUCUGUAUGGGCAGCUGCUGAGCUGUGGAGAAGUGCUGAUGGCGAGUAAAGAGCUGAUCGAACAUGCGCAAGAACUGCACCGCUGCGAUGACAAACACGCCUUCCUGCAGAUCGUAAUGCCCGUCAUUAAGAGGAUGGAGGAAUUUUCCAAGGAUGAGGUGGAACAUAAAGUGGGUGUGUCUCUGGACUUUGCCCCGCCCCCUUCAGACCUGACUGAGGUUAAACACAUGAUGGACUCCGUUAAUGUUGUACCAGCUCCCUCGGCCCCAGUGAUGAACCCUCAGGUGGCAAACUCAGCCUCUCCCUCAUCUCUGCGUGUGUGUUGGAGUCUGUUCUCCGAUGAUACGGUGGAUUUCUACGAACUUUACUGCAGUCAGAUCUCUGAGGACGUUGCCACGGAAACUAUGCAGGAUGUGUCGGUGUUGAGAGUGAAGGAGACUCACUGUGUGGUAAAGGAUCUUCAUCCUAAUUCUCAGUAUGAAUUUUGGGUCACAGCGACAAACACGACGGGGAUCAGUCCAGCCAGCGAGAAGGCCGUGUACAUGACCGUCCCCUCUCCUCCAGUGAUUAGAGAGUAUGAGUGUGUGAGCUGUCUGGACGCGGCGCUGAUCCGCUGGGACUCUGGAAACACAAACCCUGUGGAGUCGUACACACUGGAGCUGAGUGAGGAUGGAGAGAAGGACAACGCAGUGACUGAGUCAAUCGUGGCGAUCCCCACCUGUGAGUGUGUGGUGCAGCUGCAGCCGUGGAAACGUUACAUCAUUACUGUUCGAGCUGUGAACAUCGGUGGUGCCAGUGAAAAGUGUCAGCCAAUCAGGAUCUCCACUACAGGGACUUUUUUCCACCUGCUGAAGGAGACCGCUCACCCGAGCCUGUGUGUGUUGGAUGACGGUUUCACCAUUGUUUACCCGGACGAGGAUCUUCCUCUGAGUGACAUGGUGUUCAGCGACACCACCUUCAACAGUUGUGUAGCUGUGCUUGGUGACCUCAUUCCUGUACGGGGGCGUCACUAUUGGGAGGUAGAAGUUGAUGACUGGACAGAGUAUAGAGUGGGCGUGGCCUAUGAGGACACACAGCGCAGCUCUUUUCUUGGUGCUAAUGCUACAUCCUGGUGCAUGAGACACAUUCGCACACCCUCCAGACACAAGUACGAGUUCCUGCAUAACGGCUGGAGUGCAGAUGUGCGCAUCACGGUGCAGCCGCUGUGUGUUGGCGUGUUUCUGGAUUACGACAGCGGCGCACUCUCCUUCUACAACACACACCUGCAGCAGCACUUACACACCUUCAGGUGCUGCUUCACACACAACGUGCUGCCCUGCUUCGCCCUGGAUAAACCCGGAACACUGAGGAUACACACCGGGGUUCCGACUCCAUCAUACAUCACACACACUCACUCAUAAAAGGAUGGCUCGCAUAAUGUAACAUAGCAUGUCAAACACACACACACACACACACACACAGAGUAAUGGAAACAGAGCUGCAGGUUGUGAUUCCUGAAUGAAUCAGUACUUUUAAAGACCUCGGUUAGAGGAGUGUGAUGAAGCUCUAGUUUGAGAAUUUUCUGUCUCUAAAACCAAAUAAAAUAUCUGAUUAAAACAUCUGGAUCUGUUCUCACAGUUCAGUCCACUGGAACAAACAGUUUAAAGAAGGACUGAACUGAAUCACAGAAGGGAAUCAAAUGCAUUAAACCCAGUUUAUGGGAAUCAACAUUCGGCUCCAGGUCCCCUGUGACCCCGACACGGUGACUGAAAAUGAAUGAAUGAAUCAGUUAAUGGACAGAUUAAUGACUGAAUGAGUGUAAGGUUGAUUUACCUCAAUGGAUACCUUAAAAAAGAUUUAAUAAAAGAUACAGGCAGAGAUUUGGGUGAGGACAUGUUCUUAUCAAUGUCAAAGAGCUAAUAAUGAAUAUUAGUAUAAAUAUACAGGUGAUUGUAGGAAAUUGUGCGUGCCGAUUGUUUGAGAAAUUCGGACUAUUUCUCAAUAAUCACCUCGAGUGACUCGGCAAAAUGGCGUCUGAUCGCUUUGUCACCGUAAGUGAGGAAGAAUUACAGAUGAUGAAAGAAAAUGCUGUUCCUAAAAGCACUAAAGACGCUCCGAAGUUUGGUCUAAAAGUAUUUAAAGGGAAGGUGGGGUUGGGAUUUAUUUUAUCGAUUUCAGAACAAAGUAUUUUAUGUGACUCAGCAUAGGUAAGUGAUACACAUCUGUGCUACACCAUUAUUACAUUUACAUGAAGAUUUUUAAUUUUGAAAUAAAUUACUUUUAAUACAUAGGUGGCACGGUGGUGUAGUGGUUAGCGCUGUCGCCUCACA